GAGGAGGGACUAACCUGAUGUGAUCCCACGUGGACUGAGCGCUCCUCGAAUUCGAGUCAGUCUGUCGAGCCAGUAAUCCUCGUACGUGUGCCCGUCAGUUAUAUUCCCGAUUUGUAGCAAGGUCAGACAUGGAAGGAAACGGCAGCCAAAACACGUCUGCAAACCCGAUCGAUCCGCAACACGACCCGGGGAAAAUGUUUAUCGGUGGCCUCAGCUGGCAAACUUCACCUGACAGCCUUAAACAUUAUUUCAAUACAUUUGGUGAAAUCAUUGAAUGUAUGGUCAUGAGAGACCCAACAACUAAACGCUCCAGGGGCUUUGGCUUCGUCACUUUUGCAGAUUCUGCCAGCGUAGAUAAUGUCUUGGCACAGCCGCGUCAUGAGCUCGACUCUAAAAUGAUUGACCCAAAAGUUGCCUUUCCUAGACGUACUCAGCCCAAGAUGGUAACAAGAACAAAGAAGAUUUUCGUGGGAGGAUUAUCAGCCAACACAGUAAUUGAAGAGGUGAAGCUUUAUUUUGAACAGUUUGGCAAGGUAGAAGAUGCCAUGAUAAUGUUUGACAAAACAACUAGCCGACAUAGAGGUAUGUUUAGCAACUCUGCUGCUAUGCCAAUGCUCACCAUACUGUGUGUUGUUUAUACUCGCCACAAUUGUUGAGCUUUGUCAGUGU